UCUGCCCCAAGCUGCAAUCUUGGAUCCAGCCGGAAACAUGGUGUUACCCUUAGGUAUGGCGCCAGCCUCAAUUGCGUACAUCAUCGCGACAUCCUCAGCAUGGUACUUCGAACCUGUGCCAUCCCAUUCGCGAAAUUCCCAAAUUUCUUCCCACAGAGUUGGCGCAUUAGCUUUAGCAAAGCUUUCCGCUUUCGUAGAACCUGUUCCACGUGCAGGACUUCCUAUAAAAACUCCCUUUCCAGGAACAAACAAAGCUGCAAUAACAAUUCCACCAGCACUCUUUUUCUUUGACAUAACCUCAUCAAAGGCAGACUUGGCGAUAGCUAGUAAUUCACUGUUGGUGAUUGUGUUGCCUGUCAUCAGUCGCAUGCCACGCCAGGUGUUCACGCCCCACUCACCACCAUCGGCCAUUUCUUCGGGAUCACAUCCACUGCCAUAAUCUGAUGAUGGUCUACCGGAGCUUCCAGCCCUGCGGAGGAGCUUGGAGAUGAGGCCUCGGACAACCUUCGUAGGGUUUUUCUUG